AUGACCAGUCCUUGGGAAGAGAAAGCCUGCAAAAUGGCUCAAACCAGUUUGCUGCAGGGGAAGCAGUUUUACUGUAGAGAGUGGGUUUUCCACAAGCUUCAGCAUUGCCUGCAGGAGAAAACUAACUGUAGUAACAGUGCUGUCAACAACCCAUCCCUUGUGAAUCCUGGGAAUAAUGCUAGUGUUGUCUCUGGGAAAGGAGCAGCCUGGGGUGUGUUGUUGGUAGGAGGGCCUGGCAGUGGUAAGACAGCCCUCUGUACUGAGCUAUUGUGGCCAAGUUCACCUACAAGUUUGCAGAGAGGUUUACAUCGACAAGCCCUGGCCUUUCAUUUUUGCAAAGCCCAGGACUCUGACACCCUGUGCGUUGGAGGAUUUGUUCGAGGUCUAGUUGCUCAGAUCUGCCACAGUGGACUAAUCCAGGGGUAUGAGGACAAGCUAAGAGAUCCAGCAGUCCAAAGCCUCUUACAACCUGGGGAAUGCGAGAGGAACCCAGCUGAAGCUUUUAAAAGGUGUGUUCUCCUCCCUCUUUUGGGAAUGAAGCCACCCCAACAGAGUCUAUAUCUGCUUGUUGAUUCUGUUGAUGAAGGUUGUAAUAUUGCUGAAGGUGAACAGACUUCAGGCUUGUCUGGGACUGUGGCAGAGCUGUUAGCUGGUCAUCAUGAAUUCUUUCCACCUUGGCUGCUACUUCUCUGCUCUGCACGCAAACAGAGUAAGGCUGUUACCAAAAUGUUUACAGGCUUUCGAAAAAUAAGUCUUGAUGAUCUUCGGAAAGCUUACAUUGUUAAGGAUGUUCAACAGUACAUUCUCCAUCGUCUAGAUCAAGAAGAAGCCUUGAGACAGCAUCUCACAAAGGAAACUGCAGAAAUGUUGAAUCAACUCCAUAUCAAAAGCAGCGGUUGUUUUCUUUAUCUAGAACGAGUUCUAGAUGGAGUUGUGGAAAAUUUUAUUAUGUUAAGAGAAAUCCGUGAUAUCCCCGGAACCCUCAAUGGGCUAUAUCUCUGGCUCUGUCAAAGACUUUUUGUGAGGAAACAAUUUGCAAAAGUUCAACCUAUUCUGAAUGUAAUUCUUGCAGCAUGCCGACCACUAACCAUAACAGAAUUAUAUCAUGCAGUAUGGACCAAAAAUAUGUCAUUGACCAUAGAAGACUUCCAACGCAAAUUAGACGUACUCUCGAAACUUCUUGUUGAUGGACUAGGAAAUACUAAAAUACUGUUUCAUUAUAGUUUUGCAGAGUGGCUACUAGAUGUCAAACAUUGCACACAAAAAUAUUUAUGUAAUGCAGCAGAAGGACACAGAAUGCUUGCAAUGAGUUAUACCUGUCAAGCAAAAGAUUUAACUCCUUUAGAAGCUCAAGAAUUUGCAUUACACUUGAUUAAUUCAAACUUACAAUUAGAGACUUCUGAGUUAGCUCUCUGGAUGAUAUGGAAUGGUACACCCGUCCGAGAUUCUCUGUCUACUUUGAUCCCCAAAGAACAGGAAGUCCUGCAGUUGUUGGUUAAAGCAGGCGCACAUGUCCACAGCGAAGAUGAUCGCACCUCUUGUAUUGUCCGGCAAGCCUUAGAAAGGGAAGAUUCUAUUCGAACUUUAUUAGACAAUGGAGCUUCUGUAAACCAGUGUGAUUCAAAUGGGAGAACUUUGUUGGCUAAUGCCGCAUAUAGUGGCAAUCUUGAUGUUGUUAACUUACUCAUUUCCAGGGGAGCAGAUUUGGAGAUUGAAGAUGCUCAUGGCCAGACAGCGCUGACACUGGCCGCUCGACAAGGACAUACCAAGGUGGUUAACUGUUUGAUCGGCUGUGGAGCUAAUAUCAAUCACAAUGACCAUGACGGCUGGACAGCAUUACGAUCUGCUGCUUGGGGAGGUCACACCGAGGUUGUUUCUGCUCUUCUUUAUGCUGGAGUCAAAGUUGAUUGUGCAGAUGCCGACAGUCGAACUGCCUUGAGAGCGGCAGCCUGGGGAGGGCACGAAGAUAUCGUGCUGAACUUACUUCAGCACGGUGCCGAAGUUAACAAAGCCGACAACGAAGGGAGAACUGCUCUGAUAGCUGCGGCCUACAUGGGACACAGAGAAAUCGUGGAACACUUGCUGGACCAUGGGGCAGAAGUGAACCAUGAGGACGUGGAUGGGAGGACCGCCCUCUCUGUGGCUGCACUUUGUGUGCCUGCCAGUAAAGGGCACGCAUCCGUCGUUAGCCUUUUAAUUGAUCGUGGCGCUGAGGUGGACCACUGCGAUAAAGAUGGCAUGACUCCCUUGUUGGUAGCUGCCUAUGAAGGACACGUGGAUGUUGUCGACUUGCUUCUAGAAGGGGGAGCAGAUGUGGAUCAUACAGAUAACAAUGGCCGGACUCCCCUUUUAGCAGCAGCUUCUAUGGGCCAUGCUUCAGUAGUAAAUACACUUUUAUUCUGGGGGGCUGCCAUUGAUAGCAUCGAUAGUGAAGGUAGGACGGUCCUGAGCAUAGCUUCAGCACAAGGAAAUGUGGAGGUGGUACGAACUCUGCUGGACAGAGGCUUAGACGAAAAUCACCGGGAUGAUGCAGGAUGGACCCCGCUGCACAUGGCAGCUUUUGAAGGGCACAGGCUAAUAUGUGAAGCGCUCAUUGAGCAAGGAGCCAGAACAAAUGAGAUAGAUAACGAUGGCCGCAUACCUUUCAUUUUAGCUUCCCAAGAGGGACAUUAUGAUUGUGUGCAGAUAUUACUGGAAAAUAAAUCUAACAUUGAUCAAAGAGGAUACGACGGAAGGAAUUCCUUGCGGGUUGCUGCUUUAGAAGGACACAGGGACAUUGUUGAACUACUUUUUAGCCAUGGAGCGGAUGUCGACUACAAAGAUGCUGAUGGCCGGCCCACACUUUACAUCUUGGCUCUUGAAAAUCAACUUACGAUGGCCGAGUACUUUUUAGAAAAUGGUGCAAAUGUGGAAGCAAGCGAUGCCGAGGGGAGGACGGCACUUCAUGUCUCCUGCUGGCAGGGCCAUUUAGAAAUGGUGCAGCUUCUGAUGACAUACCAUGCCGAUAUUAAUGCUGCGGACAACGAAAAGCGGUCUGCUUUGCAGUCAGCAGCCUGGCAGGGCCAUGUAAAGGUGGUCCAGGUUUUGAUUGAACACGGGGCUGUAGUUGACCACACAUGUAACCAAGGUGCAACUGCUCUCUGCAUUGCUGCUCAAGAAGGACACAUUGAUGCUGUGCAGAUAUUGCUAGAACAUGGUGCUGACCCAAAUCAUGCAGAUCAGUUCGGACGUACUGCUAUGCGGGUUGCUGCCAAAAAUGGACAUUCUCAGAUAAUUAAAUUAUUGGAAAAAUACGGUGCAUCUAGUUUAAAUGGUUGUUCACCAUCUCCUGUUCACACAAUGGAGCAAAAGCCUUUGCAGUCAGUAUCUUCGAAAAUGCAAUCAUUAACAAUAAAAUCAAAUAGUUCUGGGAGUACUGGUGGAGGAGAUAUGCAGCCUACAUUGCGGAGCUUAUCAAAUGGGCCAACUCAUGCAUUCAGUUCUCCUUCAGAAUCUCCAGAUUCCACAGUUGAUCGCCAGAAAUCAUCACUAUCGAAUAAUUCUCUUAAAAGCUCCAAAAAUUCUUCUUUAAGAACUACUUCUUCAACAGCAACUGCUCAGACGGUCCCCAUUGAUAGCUUCCACAACAUGUCUUUUACAGAGCAGAUACAGCAGCAUUCAUUGCCACGAAGCCGAAGUAGACAGUCAAUUGUUUCCCCAUCUUCUACAACACAAUCCUUAGGACAGAGUCAUAAUUCACCAAGUAGUGAGUUUGAGUGGAGCCAAGUAAAGCCCAGUUUGAAAUCAACUAAAGCAAAUAAAGGGGGAAAAUCAGAAAAUUCUAAUAAAUCUAGUUCUGUUGGGAAAAAAUCUAAACCUAGCAAUUCUUCACAACCAAAAGUUUUAGAAUAUGAAAUGACUCAAUUUGAUAAAAGGGUACCUGCUGCCAAAUCUGGGACUAGUACACCACUAAAGCAAAUGCCAACAGAAUCACAGUGUAAAAUUAUGAUUCCUCCAUCUCAGCAAGAAGUUGGUCGAUCUCAGCAACAAUUCCUAAUUAAUCAACAAAGUGGUGAACAGAAGAAGAGAAAUGGAAUAAUGACAAAUCCAAAUUAUCACCUACAAAACAAUCAAGUUUUCCUUGGUAGGGUUUCAGUCCCACGAACAAUACAGGAUAGAGGGCAUCAGGAAGUUCUAGAAGGCUAUCCUCCUGCAGAGACAGAGUUAAGCCUUAAACAAGCCCUGAAGCUUCAGAUUGAUGGUUCAGAUCCAAGUUUCAACUACAAAAAGGAAACGCCUUUAUAAAAGUUCCCAUUUCUGUGAAACAGAGACAUUUGUCGCUAGCAUGAUUCAUCAGCUGCCUGGGACAAAAGCAUCUAAUGCCUGUUGAACAGCUGGAGAAAUGAAGACUGUGAUCUGUGCAGUACAGUUACCUUCAUUACUAUAACGUGCCUACAUUUGAAGGCUGCCUUCUCAGUGUAAUCCUCUGUGCUUCAAAAUUUUAUUUUGUGUACUUUGUAUUCACUACACAGAAUAAGCACUUUUUUUUCUUAAAUGCAGAUACAUAUUGGCUGCGUUUCCCUGA